CUUCUCCCCGCAGUGGAAGGCGGCCAGCGCGCUAUCUUCUUCAACCGCAUCGGCGGCGUCCAGCAGGACACCAUCCUCGCUGAGGGGCUGCACUUCAGGAUCCCCUGGUUCCAGUACCCUAUUAUCUACGACAUCCGAGCCCGGCCGCGGAAAAUCUCUUCCCCCACCGGGUCUAAAGACUUGCAGAUGGUGAACAUUUCGCUGCGUGUUCUCACUCGGCCCAAUGCUGCAGAGCUGCCCAGCAUGUACCAGCGCUUGGGCCUGGACUAUGAGGAGCGAGUCCUGCCUUCCAUCGUUAACGAAGUGCUCAAGAGCGUGGUUGCCAAGUUUAAUGCUUCACAGCUCAUCACUCAGAGAGCACAGGUGUCUCUGCUCAUUAGGCGAGAACUGACAGAGAGAGCCAAGGAUUUCAGCCUCAUCCUGGAUGAUGUGGCUAUCACAGAGCUUAGUUUCAGUCGUGAAUACACUGCGGCUGUGGAGGCUAAGCAAGUGGCUCAGCAGGAGGCACAGCGUGCCCAGUUUCUGGUGGAGAAGGCCAAGCAGGAGCAGAAGCAGAAGAUUGUCCAGGCUGAAGGGGAAGCUACAGCUGCCAAGAUGCUUGGUGAAGCUCUCAGCAGGAAUCCAGGCUACAUCAAGCUACGUAAGAUCCGAGCUGCUCAAAACAUCUCCAAAACGAUUGCUGGCUCACAAAACCGUGUAUAUCUCACAGCAGACAACUUGGUACUGAACCUGCAGGAUGAGGGCUUCACCAGAGGAAGUGACAGUCUCCUACUCAAACAAGGGAAGAAGUGAAAGAAGCUGAAGCCUUCUAGAAUCAGCGGUGCUGACCAGGAGAAGAUAGGAGUGAGGAGCUUUGAACUCCCUCCACUAGUGUUGUUUGCCCUCACUUUGAAGUUGUUAUUCCAGUAGCCAGAUUGGGUUCCCAUGCCCCUGUUCCUCUGUGGCAAUCCAGUUCUGGGAUUGGACUCUGCCCCUGGGCAGCUGUAAUUCCUUCCUCACCCCACCCAUUAAUUCUGGGGAGGGGGCAAGGGGGCUUAUUGGUAUUAACCCAUGUGGAUAUACUAAUUCACCUCUAAUCUUCAUUAAUCUUUAGAUUUCUGUAGGGUAAAAUCAGAAUUCAGUUUUGGCCGAGAAAGGGAGUUCUGCUGCCAUCACUACCAGACUUUUUUUUCUAGUAAAUUUUGUUUCACUCUUGAUCCCAAGAGAACCUGGGAUUGAAUUCAGAAAAAUGUCAUUCAUUGGGUGCCUGUCACUGCUGGAAUAUCUAAUUGUGUCACUGUCUGCUCAGUGAUUCUUUCAAACAUUUCUAAAAAUUAAAACACCCAAAAUUUA